AUGAGGUGCCUCGCCAUCGUCCUGACGGCCAGUCUUGCCGUCCCCGGCAUCGUCGCCGGCGGUUGGCUUCCCGGAACCAAAGCCGUCUUCAACAAGUGGCACGAGACGGAGCUUGAGCGCUGGCUGUCGGACCACGGCGUUCCAUUUCCCACGCCCGCCGACCGCAAGGACUUGGUCGACUUUGUCGAGAAGAGCUGGAACGACGUCGUCGUCGAGCCGUACAGGAGCUGGGACGCCGCCCAGCUGGCCUCUUUCCUCGGCGCGAAGACCAAGGACGCAGGGACCGACGCCGAGGGCACGGCCGAGAGCCUCAUGGGCAACGUCAAGGCAAGAUGGGACGAGACGGAAGCGGCCGGCCUCGGCUGGGCCACGAGUGCCAAGGACUGGAUUCUCGACACGUGGUCCGAGAGCCAGCUGAAGGCCUUUUGCGACCAGCACGGCAUCCCAGGCAUGCGCCCCCUCCCUCGCCGCCGCGCGCGCUCUCUCCCUGAGCCGCACGAUCGCGACAGCCUUCUCGAGAGAGCCCGUGCCGGCUACGACGCGGCGGCGAGCAAGGUCGGCGAGACGGUCGCGUACCCGGGCAACUGGAUGUACGCGUCCUGGUCCGACUCGGAUCUUCGAUCUUGGUUGGAGACGUACGGCUUCCCCACGCCUCAGGAUGCCACGCGCGACGGCGUCAUCGCCUCGGUCCGUCGCUACUCUCGAACGGCCCAUCUCCACCGUCAGCGAGAGGCGGCCCGCGCCCGAGCCGAGGUGGAGGCCCGGUUCGCGACGUUGACCGACGCCGUGCUUGAUGGGUGGGACGAGUCUCGGCUCAAGGAGUUUUGCGACGAGAAUGGCAUCCGCCGGCCCCAGGGCACGAGGCUGAACGAGCUGCGCGCGCUCAGGAGCGAGGCGACCCGCGACGAGCUGCUCGGCGCCGCCCGGGCGGCGUACUCGUCGGCCUCGACGGCCGGCGGCGCCGCGUACGCGUCGGCCACGGCCUACCUGGCAUCGGCCACGGCGGCCGUCGAGAGGGACGGCUUUCGCUCGUGGUCCGAGUCCGACGUCAAGGCGUACCUCGACGGCUGCGGCGUGCCGGUGCCGCAGGGAUCCAAGCUCGACGAGCUCCAGGCCGUCGCGCGCCGCCAGGCAAACUACUUUCGCCACGGCGCCUCGUCGCCUGCGGGGACCAUGCUCGCCAAGCUCGGCGAGAGGGCGCAGGACGGAUGGAGCUGGCUCGUCCACCAGCUGAAGCUCGGCGGCACGAAGGCGGGGGCGCACGACGAGCUGUAG